CAAAAUAUCAGCUGACAGAAAAGGGGAAGAUGUGCCAAGAGCACCUUGACCAAACCCCCCCAAAGUCCGUACUCUUUUCCAGAAUGGGGUAUAAGGUUAUGAUUCAACCCGCCCUUUGAAGACUAUGGCCGUGUCAUUUCCUUGGACUAGAUUCGGGCUGUGGUGGGCUCUUUACCUCCUGGCCACACCCGUCAGGGCCGAUCCACCCACUUUAACGCUAAGGUGUGCGGGCCCGGGCACGUUAGAUGUACCCAUUGAGUUCUGGGCCCACCUAUCGGAUCCGGGCACGCCGGGUCCCUAUAUCUUCCGUUGGGAGGAUGACGCGAGUCCGGCUCAUUGGAAUGAGGUCUCCACCGAUCAGCCCAUGAACCGUCAGACCUUUGUGUACGCCUCGCGUGUCUACAAGGCCCGCCCGCUGCGUAUGACCGUCCUAGCCUUUGCCGAAGAAGGCUUCUACCGCGAGCCUUUGGCUCGUGCCUCUCUCGACUUUGAGGUCAACGAAGGUCUGAGCGGCUCGAUCCGAUUCAACGGCUCGGUCAUCCCGCCCACGGGCUUGUUGGCCAGUGAUUACGUCAACGCUCUCAGCCUCCAGAUCCACGAUCCCGCGACGUAUUUUCGACCCAACCUGACCACUUAUUACUGGUUCAUCAACGGCACGUUCUACGGCCAGAUGCGCCACAAUUUCACCUACCGUUUCCCUCCCGGUCACACGUACGUCGAAGCCACCUUCAUCGCCACGCACGUCAAUAAACCACCGCCGGUCAUGUCCGCCAAUGCCACGGUUUCGACCCAACAACUUCACCAAUCGUUGAAAAGCCAUCAAUCGCCCGUGGUCAAAUUCGGCGUGUCGCGUCAGGUCAUCGAAUCGCGGCGUAGUUUAUCCGCAUUGAAAGUGAAGGGGCCCACGUGGUUCCGUCAUGGUGAAUUGCUCAACCUGAUUCUCGAGUGCGAUGGGUCGGGCCCAUGGCAAUAUUGUUGGAGCAUCAAGAACUCGGGAUACAAUGUAACCGGCAAUGAAACCUGCGUCGACCCGCAGACUUUAACCCCACAUUGUAAGUUCCCAGCAGUGUGGUACUUUCGACAAUCCGGGACCUACGAUAUUCUGUUCAUCUUGAGUAACGGGGUGAGUCGGAUUCGUCGAUUGGUGCACGUCAACGUCUACGAUGUACACAAGCAAAUGCCCGUAUCGUUCGUGGUGGUGCCCAUCUGUAGCAUACUAGCCGCUUCGGUGGCCUGUGUGGCUGGAAUUUUCGCUUUUGUCACGGUGCGACGUAACUUAUCGGUCGAGAUUGCCGACUUCGACUUCAGCCAGACCGUCAAUCCGGCAUUGGCCGAGGACUUGGAGUACAAAACAUUUUGGGAGCGUCUUAAGGAUUCCCUCAUCCAUUCCUUCAGCAACACCAGUGACGUGUUCUCAUCCAUUUCCAGCGCUUCGUCGCGUUCCAUGUCCGGCGGUGGCAGUGGCGGGGCGGUAGGCAUUCAUUAUGGAAGUAUGACGUGAUGACCACGCCCUCUCCGUUAUCGCUAGGCGUGUGAGAGGCCAUUAUUCGUAUAAUUUGUCUUCGCAUCUGGCUGGAGCUGUUUAUUUGUCAGGAUCAGUAUUUUCCCGCUGAAGGUGAAAUCCGAUGGGCAUUACCUUGGGCAUGAACCCAAUGCCCAAUAAUCCUCUAUUUACAGUGCGUAUUUCAAUUCCUUUUUAUCUUCAUUCUACCCUCGCCCAAACGGUGGGUGUGGCGCGAAAGGAGUAGCCCACCCAUCGUCUGACCUUAUUAUCCGAAUGCCAAUGAAACACCAUCAUCUUUCACGAUCCAUUUCCGUUCUCCUCCCUCAAGACAAAUAUGUUCCCUGAUACCCAAUAAAUUUGUCAGAUAAAAUUGAA